CCAGCCACAAAGCGCACACGGUCGCAAAGACCAUGUAGAGUCAGUCCGUGCAGCACCUGCGACUAUCGCUCUCGCAGUUUACCGCAUCUACCGUUACCGUGAAAACUUGCAGCAGUGAAAGCUCGUGGGGGUGAAAGAUAGCGUGCCGCGAAUAAGCGCGAUGCAAACCGGGCCCGUUUAGAGGAUUAAGAUUCAAGAUUAAGUAUUUGGAUGGCUUGCAAACGAAAGCGAAAAAAGCUUAAGAUACGACGUGUCUGAGGGAAGCUCCGAAACUUUGUGCCACUGCGCCAUUCAACAUGGCGUAGCGGCGUGAAAUAUCAGUGCAAUAGAGACAAAUUUUGAUGAGAGUAGCCAUGCGGUAGCGUGGGCUAAGUGAAAGCUUAGAGCAUUAGCCCGAUAAAUUUCGGCUCCAAAUUGGAGCGAAGGCGAAUUAAGCACUAUCAGAAGAACAACUCUGGCGUCCAUGGUGGUGAAUCCCGGCGAUGAUCGGGUACAAUCAACACAAUUCCGGCUACAACAAGCUAUUUACUCAGGGCUCGGCGGACUCAAACUACUCCCAGCCGAGCUCGGAUCUUUCGCUGGACGAGGAGAAAGAGAGCUUGCGACGCGAGAAGGAGAGGCAGGCCCUCAAUCAACUCGAAAAAGCCAGAUCGAAGCCAGUAGCGUUUGCAGUGCGGACUAACGUGAGCUAUGAUGGAUCCGUUGAUGAUGACUCACCUGUGCACGGAUCAGCCGUCAGCUUUGACGUUCGUGACUUUCUUCACAUCAAGGAGAAGUAUGAUAAUAACUGGUGGAUUGGCAGGCUCGUGAAAGAGAAUUGCGAUGUGGGAUUCAUCCCAUCACCUGUGAAGCUAGAGGCCUUAAGGUUGCAGGCGACCGCCGCGCGUGGUACGAAAGGACUCUACUCGACGCGAGGAGGGUCUUCAGGGAACCUAGGCGAGAGUGGUAUGCCCUCACGUGGUUCCACACCACCUACGCCAGGUGAUGACAGCGACAGUGUCGGGAACGUACGACCUGGCAAGUCAACCCUGACGACCCCACCCGCUAAGGAGAAGCGAAAGAACUUCUUCAAGAAGCCGUCCUACGAGACGACAACCCCCUAUGAUGUAGUACCUUCCAUGAGGCCCGUAGUGCUGGUAGGACCAUCGCUCAAAGGUUACCAAGUGACGGAUAUGAUGCAGAAGGCACUCUUCGAUUUUCUCAAACACCGUUUCGAAGGAAGAAUUAUUAUCACACGAGUAAUGGCGGAUAUAUCAUUAGCAAAAAGAUCCUUGCUGAACAAUCCAACUAAAAGGGCGAUUAUGGAGCGAACGUCUAGCAGGAGCAGUUGUUUAGCAGAAGUCCAACAAGAGAUUGAAAGAAUUUUUGAACUUGCCAGGACGCUACAGCUAGUCGUGUUGGACUGCGACACAAUAAACCAUCCGUCGCAGUUGAUGAAGACUAGCUUAGCACCCACGGUCGUUUACCUAAAAAUUUCUUCGCCAAAAGUUCUGCAAAGAUUGAUUAAGACCCGAGGAAAAUCCCAGAUACGUCAUCUUAAUGUACAAAUGGUGGCUGCCGAAAAGCUAGCACAGUGUCCGUUAGAGAUGUUCGAUGUUAUCCUAGACGAAAAUCAAUUAGAGGAAGCGUGCGAACACGUUGCCGAGUAUCUUGAAGCUUACUGGAGGGCGACGCAUCCUCCAGAUUUUUCCACGAUACCUCGCGCCGUGACAGCACCUGAUGCAUCAACGGAUACGUACCCUCAACGCGUGCCAUCAGGUGCUUCUCAUGAGACUUACUAUCAUCGAAGAGGAGCUAGAGAUGAGUCAACGAGAAGAUCACGAAUGGAUCGGAUUGAUCGAAGCGACCGCAUGGAUCACGAGUAUGGCGAGGAAGAACAUAGCAUCGAUUAUGGCAGUACUUUGAGACGUCGCAAACAGCACGACUCGAGUCUUAAUGCUAUUUAGGAGCUGGGGCCCCGGGGCCUGUCGCUUCAGCGCUGUCCCCAUCUGCGCACCACCGCCCUUUAGCGGGCUCGCCUCCCGGUAACGCUACCGAACGCUAGGAAGUGCGCAACGCUACCUCGCGAUAAGAUCGCUGCGCUCUGUUAGUGGGGCUGUUUCCUGUCGCGUUACUCUACGCCAGCGAUCGGCAUCAGAUGCAACUUUCAGCCAGAUUUUCGUGUCGACGCCCACUACUCUUCUGAAGAACUUCAAUACGCUACCACUCGCCAGCAGCGUGCACGUUAAUCCCGGAAAACAAUUUGCGCUUGCAUUUUUAUUCGCGCUGCCAACAAAAAAUAUAUAUAUAUAAAUUAAAAUAUAAGAUUUUAAUUGCUGCUUAAUUAGAGGACACGGUUUAGUUGCGACGUAACUGUUGGAAAAUUUUCUGGCAUGCUUUAAACAUGCAUUCUUAUCUUCCGAAAGCUCUUGCGUUUAUAAUGAUACACAUUUAUAUUAUACGCUGCUAUUAUUCCUUUUUACACUGCUGAAUACUUCGAUGACGUUCGCGAUUAAUUGUAUAAUUACAUUUUAUUAAUAAUGAACAACAAAGACGGUUUUCACCAUAAAACUUCUUCUACUUCUCUUUUUCUUCUUCUUCUUCUGAUAUGCUACUGAUCAUCAGAGUAGCGUGCAAGUGCUAUCAAAAUAUGUUCAUUCCGAUAAAUCUAAAUUGUUUAUCGUCAGGCUGCAAAGAAUCGAAAGCAAAAACGCUGUUAUUAUUGAACAAAUUCCAUUAGCACAUUACAAAUUCCACAAUUCGCACAUAUUAUCUAUUUAUAAAAGCAUAUCUUCAUCUUUGUACGUCGCGUCUUCGCCAAUUAAUGCCCCAAUCAAUAUCACGAACGUGUAUCACUCUGGCGACGUCAAUCACAAUUGCAUAGUUAUGCUAUAGUCAUUGAUCAUACCAACUACCAAACUAUUCUCACGCACAAAUACCAUCAAGUUGUACUUACCUGAUGACGUAUGCUUAAGGGCUCUGCUGUGUGUUAUGUAGAGGGAACAUGUCAACCGCUCAUUAUAACAAUUAAGCGUACUAUGCCAAAUGUAUCAAAUGCUCACCGUAAUAAUUACUGGCCACGACAAAGUGCACGCAUCGUUUUGAGAUGCACAUGAUAUCGUACAUAACAUCUUUUAUGCUACUUUAUACGAAAGGAAGAUAAUAUUAUGGAAUAAUACUAUAAAAGAAAAUACACACAUUUGACUGCAUUCGGUACUCCUCGUUAAAAUAUGCUACUCAAAGUCGUUCACGUAUUCAACCAAAUCGACACUAUGCAUUUUUCAUAUGAAGUAUUACAGAACUUAUUCUCGAACCUUUUUCGAAAGUUUCA